AUGGUGAAGCGACGUCGCACGGAGGAAGACGAAGGUCAAGAAUCCGGUACGCAAACUGCGAGCAAUGAUGAGCACUCGUCAAGGACAUCCUCGGAACAGCAAAGACCGACGACGAACUCUCCUACUUCUACGGACGGACCGAAAAGAGGCAAAGGAAAAGGAAAAGGCCAGACGAAUGACUCAACUAAGAAAGCACUCCCGAAACGGAGAACGCCGUCGGGGCCGUGGCCGGAGCCGUUCAAGAAGCUGUCGCGGACCCAUCGCGCGCUGAACCUGGUGUAUACGUUUUGCUGUACGCGGAAGCAUUUUGCUACGACGUUUGAGAAUAUUAAGAACGCGGUGCAGGGGCAGAUGGGCGGCGAUGCUCUGACGGUGGAAGAUAUUGCACGCGUGAAGACGCUCGUGCCGCGCGCUGUACGGUUCGAGUAUGUGGAUGAGGCCAAAUUGGAGGUGAUGACCACGGGGGAGAGGGAGAUGCUUCAUUCAUAUGGACGGGAUGACCCUGGGGAUGACUCGGAGAUGGUCAAGACGUUGCUAUUCGAGCUUGUGGAUGGAGAUUUGAAAAGGGAAGUACAGCAUCCCAAGACUGGGGAGGCAACGAAGCCGGUCCGGAAAAUGAAGGACGAGGAUUUGAAGAUGCCGGUUUACAGCCAGAAGCAGAUGCUUGGAUUAAUUGAGAAGCGAAACAAGAAGUUCGCCGAUGCGAUCGACGCGUUUCUAGUACAAUGUGAGGACGAUGGGACAGAUCCAGUCGAAAAACUGGAACAGGAGAAGCAUUCUUGGAUUCCUGUGGCCCCUGAAGGUGAGACUGACCGCCAUGCGCUGGCCAAGUCGAAAGCACCGAAGGAGAUACCCAAAGAGCGAAAGGACAUGUCACAGAUCAUCGACGAGAUUCGCGAGAUGGACUGGUACACAGCGCAGAUUGUACCCGAGGGGCAUCGAGUGUUUGAGGCCCAAUCUGCAAUUUACGGUGACUUGACGUUUCAGUUGUCGCAAAACCUAGUCAAUGCCUUGUAUAACACCAAGGGCAUUACGCAGUUCUAUUCUCAUCAGGCGGAGGCGAUCAACCACCUUUAUGAAGGUCACCACGUCAUCGUAUCAACAUCUACCAGCUCGGGCAAGUCGUUGAUUUACCAGGUGCCAAUGCUCCAUGAACUUGAAAAGGAUCAUGCGAGUCGAGGAUUGUACAUAUUUCCGACUAAGGCACUUGCACAAGACCAAAGACGGAGUAUGAAAGAGCUCUUGCAGUACAUAGACGGCCUACAGGAUGCGAUGGUCGAGACCUUUGACGGCGAUACUCCCAUGGAAAAUCGGAAUCUCAUCCGUGACGAGGCACGCAUCAUCUUCACUAACCCGGAUAUGCUGCAUAUCACGAUCUUGCCCCAGGAAAGCUCCUGGCGAACGUUCCUAAAAAACUUGAAAUUCGUUGUGGUGGAUGAGCUACACGUCUACAACGGCCUUUUCGGAUCCCAUGUCGCUUUCAUUAUGCGGCGACUGCGUCGAAUUUGUGCUGCGGUAGGGAACCGACAUGUCCGGUUCAUUUCCUGUUCGGCCACUGUGGCCAACCCAGAAUACCAUAUGCAGGCGGUUUUCGGGAUUGACGAUGUCAAGUUGAUAGAUUUUGACGGUUCCCCGUCAGGUCGGAAGGAGUUCAUCUGUUGGAACACGCCCUUUAAAGACCCUGACGACCCUACUUCCGGACGUGGCGACGCUGUCGCUGAAACAGCGCGACUGUUUUGCCAACUGAUUCUUAGGGGUACGAGAGUAAUCGCUUUUUGCCGAGUUCGACGACUGUGUGAAGUCCUCCUGCAAGCCGUGCGGGCCGAAUUCCAUGCCCUCGAAAGACAGGAAGUUGGCAAUCUGGUCAUGGGUUAUCGAGGCGGGUACAGUCCGCAAGACCGCCGGCGCAUUGAAAAAGAAAUGUUUGAAGGCCAGCUGAUGGGUAUUGUGGCCACCAACGCUCUGGAACUGGGUGUUGACAUAGGAUCCCUUGACGCUGUAAUCACCCUGGGUUUCCCCUAUUCCAUAUCCAACCUGCGUCAGCAAAGCGGACGUGCCGGACGUCGCAACAAGGAUUCCCUCUCCGUCUUGGUGGGCGAUAAGUUCCCCACGGACCAGCACUAUAUGAAGAACCCGGAGGAGCUCUUCACUCGGCCCAAUUGCGAGUUGCAGGUGGAUCUGGCUAAUGAACUCAUCCUCGAAGGACAUGUACAAUGUGCUGCGUUCGAGAUGCCCAUACGCCCGGAGGAAGAUCGCGUCUACUUCGGCGAACAACUUCUCGAAGUCGCAGCGACACGCCUGAUGCGCGAUGGGCUGGGUUUCUAUCACUGCCACGAAAGAUUCCGCCCCCAGCCCUCGCGUUGCGUCUCCAUCCGUGACACAGAAGAUCAACACUUCGCCGUCAUCGACGUCACCAAUGCUCGGAACACAGUUCUCGAGGAAGUCGAGGCCUCGCGGGCGUUCUUCUCCAUCUAUGAAGGUGGCAUCUUCCUUCACCAGGGACGAACGUACCUAGUAAAAGAACUCAAUCCAGACCAGCGAUUCGCGCGUGUCGUCCGCGUGCACGUGGACUGGGGUACCAUGCAGCGCGAUUACACGGAUAUCGACCCUAUCGAGACGGAAACUAUGCGCUUCAUUCCCCAGACGUCGUCGACGACAUUACAAUCCUCGCCUUCGCGCGCCUUCUAUGGCUCUGUCCGCAUCCACGCCGUCGUAUAUGGCUUCUUCAAGGUCGAUAAACGCGGCCGUGUGCUGGACGCCGUGAUGGUGGAUAACCCGCCCAUCGACAUUUUCACCAAGGGCAUGUGGUUGGACGUGCCCAAGUCUGCGCUCGAUAUCCUCAAAUCGCGACAGCUGAACAUCGCCGCGGCGAUCCACGCCGCCGAACACGCCGUUCUUUCCUUGCUCCCGAGUUUCGUCAUCUCCUCCCCCGGCGAUGUCCGCACCGAAUGCAAGGUCGCCAAGAAAGAACUCGGCAAGAACCUGAAAGUGGCCGUCGACGCCCGGAAUCAGACUGCAGCCGAGAGGGAAAACAUCCGAAAACUACUGCAGCCGCCUGCGCGACAACGACCAGCCCGGUUGACAUUCUAUGACGCCAAGGGGGGAUCAUGCGGCUCCGGGAUCGCAGGCAAAGCGUUUGAAUUUAUUGACGUGCUUCUCCGUCGGGCGGUAUCGCGCGUCGAGGCCUGCCAGUGCGUGACCCCACAGGGAUGUCUUGAAUGUGUCUGCGACGAGGGGUGCAAGGAGAUGAAUUCGGUGAUGAGCAAGGCUGGCGCCGGGGUUGUGUUGCGGUGUCUGCUGGGGUGGGAAGUGGACGUGGAUUCUUUGCCGUGGGGCGAGAAUGUGGACGGGGAUGACGGACUGGGCGAAUUAGCUGGAGGAUUGGAGACGGUGAUUCCAGCUCGCGAAGUUCCUUUCCGAGAUCCUGAAGGUCGUAGACGAGAGUGCAUAUGGACGGGUUUGUGCGACCAGAUCCAAGACCAGACAAAGAGUCUUCCGGUCAGGAACUGCUACUCCAAAGAACCCAACGAAUAA